AUGAGCACCGCCGGUGUGGAUCAGCUGAAUCCGGAUUCCGUGUCGACAACGGUCAUGGAGACGGUGAAUGGAUCGCACCAGUUUACGAUCAAGGGUUACUCUCUUGCGAAAGGCAUGAGCGCCGGGAAAUACAUACAGAGCGACAUCUUCUCCGUCGGCGGAUACGAUUGGGCGAUCUACUUCUACCCCGACGGGAAGAACCCAGAGGACAACUCCGCGUACGUAUCUCUCUUCAUCGCUCUAGCGAGUGAUUCUAGUGACAUUAGGGCUUUGUUCGAGCUGACGAUGAUGGAUCAGAGCGGGAAAGGGGUUCACAAGGUGCACAGUCACUUUGAUCGGACGCUCGAAGGUGGACCUUAUACGCUCAAGUAUAAAGGAAGCAUGUGGGGUUACAAACGCUUUUUGAGACGAACAGCCUUGGAAACCUCUGACUACUUAAAGGAUGAUUGUCUUGUCGUCAACUGUACUGUUGGCGUUGUUAGAGCCCGUCUUGAGGGUCCGAAACAGUAUGGCAUUGUGCUACCCCCGUCGAAUAUGGGUCAGGGAUUGAAAGACUUGUUAGAUUCUGAAGUUGGCUGUGACAUAACUUUCCAAGUCGGAGAUGAAACGUACAAAGCUCACAAAUUGAUCCUCGCAGCACGCUCACCGGUUUUUAGAGCUCAAUUUUAUGGACCAAUUGGGAAUAACAAUGUGGAUCUAAUAGUAGUAGAGGACAUCGAGCCUUCUAUCUUUAAGGCUAUGCUUAGCUUCAUCUACACCGAUGAGACUCGAUGUUUGAUUAGACGGGCUGAAGUUUAUCAUCCUCAAUUAGCUGUAACGAAGUCUGAAGGGUUCAAGCACUUGAAAGAGAGCUGUCCCUCAAUGUUGUCAGAGUUGCUGAACAUGGUUGCAGCAGCGGAUAAGAGCUUGACGAGUGGACAAUCAAGAAAGAAGAGAAGUGCGAGCAGUGUGUUAGGCUGUGAUACAAGCACUACACAUGCGAGACACGUGAGGAGGAGGACAUAG